CAUCUAUCUUGAAAAACCCUAACCAGGGAGAAGAAGAAGAAGAACAAGUACCCAAGUUCCCUGUAGUUGCCAUCCUCGUUGCAGCCGCAUCUGCUCCCUGCCCAACAGCCAUGAAGUUUAACAUCGCUAACCCCACAACGGGGUGCCAGAAGAAGCUGGAAAUCGAUGACGAUCAGAAGCUGCGUGCCUUCUUCGACAAGAGGAUCUCGCAGGAAGUCAGUGGUGAUGCACUUGGAGAGGAAUUCAAGGGCUACGUGUUCAAGAUCAUGGGAGGUUGUGACAAGCAGGGUUUCCCUAUGAAGCAGGGUGUCUUGAACCCAGGCCGUGUCCGCCUUUUGCUUACCCGAGGAACCCCUUGCUUCCGUGGAUAUGGAAGGCGCAACGGAGAGCGCCGAAGGAAGUCAGUGCGUGGUUGCAUUGUGAGCCAGGACCUUUCUGUUCUCAACUUGGUCAUUGUGAAGAAAGGUGAGAAUGACCUCCCUGGGUUGACUGAUACAGAGAAACCCAGAAUGAGGGGACCCAAGAGGGCAUCUAAGAUCCGCAAGCUCUUCAAUCUAUCCAAAGAUGAUGAUGUCAGGAAGUAUGUCAACACCUACCGCAGAACUUUCACCCGUAAAAAUGGCAAGGAAGCAAGCAAGGCUCCUAAAAUUCAGAGGUUGGUGACUCCAUUGACUCUUCAAAGGAAGAGGGCAAGACUUGCAGAGAAGAAGAAGAGAGUUGCCAAGGCCAAUGCUGAUGCUGCUGAAUACCAGAAGCUACUUGCAUCGAGACUGAAGGAGCAGAGAGACCGCAGGAGCGAGAGCUUAGCCAAAAAGAGGUCCAGGUUGUCUGCUGCUUCCAAGCCCUCUGUUGUUGCCUAAAGUGAUGGUCGGUUUUUAUAGGGUGCCAAAUUGUGGUUCGUUGAAGUUACUAAGUUUUGAAUGAGGUACCAAUUAUUAUGAUCAUUAGUAGGCAUGAGGUUCGGAUUGUUCAUUGUUACUACAGAGUUGACACUUGCAGCUGAGUUGUACUUCUGUUUUUCUCUUUUGUUUCUUCUCUUCAAAUACAGUCUACAAAGCCGAAUAUGAAUGCUUUAUCACUACUUUUGAUUCCAGGUCUUCUUUAUUUCCAUUCCACUUAACUUUGAAAGAAAGCAUAAAGCUCGCCGAAUCAAAAUCAGAUCGCUUU